UCACUUUCACCACACCCUGUUCCCGCACACUCAUUCGACGAGCUAUUUGAUGCGAAAGAAGCGACACGAAGUUCCUGGAAGGAAACUAGAUAUAAAAGACACGCGUGACCAUGAGCAAGAAGAUCUACCUUUGCAGGCACGCACAGGCCGAGCACAAUGUUGCAGAUGAUUAUUCUAUUCCUGAUGCGCCUCUGACCGCGCUGGGCAAAUCGCAAGCAGCGGCACUCGCGCAGGACGCACGUUUGAACGGCAUCCGCGACGAGAUCCAGUUGGUCGUCUCCAGCGCGCUAAAGCGUACGCUCCAGACCACCAAGAUGGGCUGGCCGCAGACGGUGGCACAUACUGGUGGUUUGGGCAAGGUCAUCUGCCUCCCGCAGCUGCAGGAGUGUAACGCCUACCCCUGCGACACAGGCUCGCCUCGCGAGGUGCUCGAGCAGGACGUGGAGCUUGCCGGGUUUGACUUCCCCCUCCUCACGCCAGACUGGAACUCCAAACAGGGGAUCUAUGCAGCGGAUCCUUCGAGUCUCAACGCGCGUGCGCGAUGGGUUCGCCAGUGGCUACGCGCACGACCGGAGAGCGUGAUUGUGUGCAUCGCGCAUGGCGACAUCCUCCGGCGCAUCACGGGCAGGCAAUAUUCCUGGAAGAACGCCGAGGUGCAGCUGUGGACGUUCGAUGAAAGUGAAGGUGCCGCUGCUGCUGCUGAAGAAGCGCCGGUCCGCCUUGUGGAGUACAUCACUGCGGAAGGCAGGGCCGAGUCAAUCAGCUCGGACGCGGCCGCCUCCGCGUCGAAUGGCGGAGCAGCGGCAGAGGCAGAGACAGGCGCCAGCGGCGUAUCGCUUCCCAACCUUGCAUCCUCUGGUAGCUUCGACUUGAGCAAAGAACUUGACUCGGCCGCAAAGAAGGCCCUCGCGGAGAUAGAGGAGCGCGUCAAAGCCAAAGCAGACGUGGUACAGAGCAAGGCGAACGAGCUGCAGGCUCUUGAAGCACGCUUGGCGGCGGCGGAAAAGAGGAAAGCUGAGCUCGAGGCCAAAGGAAUCAAGGUCUGACUCCGCCGCAUAGCACACACAAGUACAUUUACAGAAACAUUCAUAUAUCAACACAACUCACCAUCA